UGACCUCUUUGACAUAUCCAAGGUUGAAUUUGACAAUUAUCUACUUAGCGUAGAAGUUUGCGAAUUGUUUAAAAUUGAUUUUUUGCCUUAAGAAAUAACGCAAUGGCUUUAAACAAACUCAGUAUCGAUGCCUUAAAUUUGGCCGGAAAACGUGUCUUAAUGCGAGUUGACUUUAAUGUGCCACUGAAAGAUGGAGUAAUUACUAACAACCAGCGAAUUGUGGCUGCCCUUGAUUCAGUUAAAUUUGCCCUGGAUAAGGGCGCAAAGUCGGUGGUACUUAUGUCACAUUUGGGUCGCCCGGAUGGACAAGCCAAUUUAAAAUAUACUUUAAAACCCGUUGCAGAAGAAUUGAAGAAACUAUUAAACAAGGAUGUCACUUUCCUAUCAGACUGUGUUGGUUCUGAAGUUGAAUCAGCCUGUGCCGAUCCUCCGGCAGGUUCUAUUAUUUUAUUAGAAAACCUCAGAUUCCAUAUUGAGGAGGAAGGCAAAGGUGUUGACGCCAGUGGAGCCAAGGUGAAGGCUGAUGCUGAAAAAGUGAAAGCUUUCAGAGCAAGCCUUAGAAAAUUGGGAGAUGUAUACAUAAAUGAUGCUUUUGGUACUGCCCAUAGAGCUCAUAGCUCCAUGAUGGGUGAAGGUUUUGAGCAGAGAGCCAGUGGCUUUUUACUGAAAAAGGAACUUCAAUACUUUGCCAAGGCUCUUCAUGAGCCUGAAAGACCAUUUUUGGCAAUUCUUGGUGGAGCUAAAGUUGCAGACAAAAUCUUACUCAUAGAAAAUUUGCUUGACAAAGUCAAUGAAAUGAUAAUUGGUGGAGGUAUGGCUUACACAUUCCUUAAAGAAACAAAGGGUAUGGCUAUUGGCAAUUCCUUGUAUGAUGGAGAAGGAGCAAAGAUUGUAGGAAAGUUGUUGGAGAAAGCUGCAAAGAAUAAUGUAAAAGUACACCUACCAGUAGACUUUGUCACUGCUGACAAAUUUGAUGAAAAUGCUCAGGUUGGUAGUGCUGAUGUGGAUUCUGGCAUCCCCGAUGGAUGGAUGGGACUUGAUGUCGGACCAAAGUCAAGGCAGCUGUUUGCGGAACCCAUCGCAAGAGCCAAAGUUAUUGUUUGGAAUGGGCCAGCAGGUGUAUUCGAAUUUGAGAAGUUUGCGGGUGGCACCCGCGCUCUCAUGGAUGGUGUUGUGAAGGCAACCAGCAGUGGUGCUGUUACUAUUAUCGGCGGUGGCGACACAGCCACCUGCUGCGCCAAGUGGGGCACCGAGGAUAAGGUCUCCCAUGUGUCCACCGGCGGAGGCGCCUCUCUAGAACUGCUCGAAGGUAAAGUUCUGCCUGGUGUAGCGGCACUCUCCGAUGCAUAGAUUUUGUGAUCAGCGCUACUAAAAUUAGUUGCUUUAAUAAAUAGAAAAUAUGUUACGAAAUUAUUAAUAUAAUUAUGUUUCUGUUUAGAUUUAUUUCAUUAUACGUG